AUGGAGUACAAGAAAUUAAGUAUGCUCGCCAAGAAGUCUAAGAAGAAAACAAGGAAUAAUCUGUUCACCUACAAUACAGAGAAAGAUCCUAGCCAAAAGGAAUCCUACCAGAAGAACCAGAUGAAUGAAGGAUAUGCUGAGAAAUAUAAUGGAAAUAAUAAGACUGCAAUGAACUCACACCAAGGAAGUUGAAUCCAGUCUAGCGAAACUUCAAUGCAAACUCCUAAAACAGAAAGGGAUAAUUACAACACGAAGAGAUGACUCUUUAGUAAAAAUAAAAGAAAGAAGAGGAAAAAGAAUAUUGGGUAUGCUUGAAUAGAGCAGAAGCGCAAGUUGCAAACUAAGACAAGGAGAAAAAAUGAUUGAAACAACUAUAAGACAGUCCCUUCUAAGGUCAAGGUAGUUGAGAGUGAGGCUGGAGAGGAGUAUAACUCUUACAAUCCUGAUAAGAAGCCUCUUCCUCCUCCAGGUCAUUACAGUUGGAAGAGGCCAAAACAAUUCCUCGAUACUGACCUGAGUAGUGACCACUCUCCAAAGGAUAAACGGAAAAAUGAGUAUUGGUCCAAACAGAACAUCUUUAAUAUUGAGCAAGAUUUUGGGGAACCUGAACAACUUGACAAAGAGCUAGAAGGUCUUGAGAUCAACGAGGAGGGAUUUGAUAUCGGGUCCGAAGGAAAUGAUGGGAUAUUUGACAUCGGUGCCAUUGACAAAAAUAAUUAUGACAAUUCAGAUAUAGAUUAUAGUGUUACUGAGUCUCAAAGAGAGUCAAUCAGUAUGAGAGGAUCUAUAUACUCUAAAAAACUUUCUUUCAUGGCCAAAAUGUCUUUAAUGACUCAAUUUCAAAACUGAGUUGACUCCAUAAUUAUGAUCCAAAGAUUUGUGAGGAACUCUCUGUUCAGGAAGAAAAUAUCCCGCAGCAAAGAGUUGAUCCUAGCCUUAUAUAAAGGAUGGAAAGUCAGGAAAUUAUUGCAAGACUCUGAAAUUCUGAAUGCUUUGAUGAAAGUUCAGGACAUCAAUGGUUACAUUGAGGAACUCGAAUAUUCUGAAGAAUUUGAGGAGCUAGAGCAGAAUAAGGAAGAUCGAAGGAAAAUUAUCGAGGAAUUUAUUUCUCUACUAGACGAUCAUCUCAAAUCUGGAGAAGAGAAUAUUGAACAGUCAGAGAGAAGAUCAAGAAUUUAUAGCUUCGUGAAGAUAGUUGAUGAAACAGCUACUGAGGAUGAAAAUGAGAGGGACAUUUCUGUGAACCUUGAAGAACUCUCUCAAGCUUUCCAGCGUAGAUCAAUCCCUGGGAAAUUUUAUCGAUCAACUAUCAAGAAUCCUUCUAAUUUUAAGCAACUGAUCUCUUUCAACACUGGAAUGAUAAGAAAUUACCACAGGAUGAGUGUAGAAGCUAAAGACUAUCAAAAGCUAAAUUUCUCUGGAGGAUUUAGGAAUUUAUCCAUGAACAAAUGUGUUGAAGAAAGCGAAAAUACUUCAAAGAAAAGUGGACUCUCAAAAGACUUGGAGCUAGUUAGGUCUAACUCCACUCCAAGAAUGGCUAAAACCCACAAGUUGCAGAUUCCUAAGGAAGAUGAUUGGAACACAACUGAGAAAGAAAGUCAUCUAGCCACUAACAAAAAUAAAGGAAUUAAAACACAAAGGAACAACCAAAGGGGGUCUAAAUCGAAAGAUAACACUCCUGUAAAAGACCGUUCUUGUUCAGAAAAAGUGAAGGAUUACACAAUUUUGAAAGGCAGUUUAUUAGAAAUCUCUCGUCAUGUAGAUCUAGCAUUUAAGGAGAAAAUAUACACUCUAGGUUCUAACCAUAAAACCGAGAUGAAAGAGAAACUCAAGGUGCUAACAGAAAAAUUACAAAAAGACUUUGACAAUUUCUGACAUAAAUAAUUUUGAAACCUAAAUCAUUUCAUGGCUGUGCUAUAAUGAGGCUAUUGCUCUCAGAACAUCUGCAAAGUAUACAAAAUGUCUGAAUGCUCUUUAUUUGAUCAAUUAUUUUGGACUCAAAAGUCGACACCUGGUGGUCUUUCCUUAAGCUUAUUUACUAUUUAAAGCAAUGAGUGUUUAAAUCACCUCAGAGAUACUUUGUCAUCUACAUUAUAAUUCCACAUGUGAAACUCCUUGAGAUGGCAAGUGAGUAACGGCAAGGAGUUCUGAUUAUCAUUAUCAUAGGUUACAGUAAUUAGGUUAUUUGGGGUAUUUUUAAGUAGUGAAAACUAUGAUUUAAUUGGAUCCCUGUAAAACAGUUUAAGAAAUAUCAAUAUUUCAACAAAAUCUAAUUUUUACUAAUUCUGCCUCUUAGUCUACUCUCAAUCAACAUAAAAACGAUAUUAAAGAAAGAUGGAAUAAAUUUAGUUAAAGACAUCCCCCAUUUUGCUUAUUCAUAGGUUGUAGGAUAUACAAAGAGUCCGGAUCAGUAGCAUCUGAGACUUUACUCCUUUAUUCGUUAGUUCGAUCUUGUAUCUUUGCGAAUAUAACAGAGCACUGGAUAGUUUUUAACACUAUAAGAUAUAUUUUACUCAUUCUCAGGUUCUCUAAGGAUAUUUAGAUCGUUAAGAAUAAGUCAAUUUCUGCAUUAUUUCUCGCUGAUUAGUUUCCUAAAUUUAAUUUUAAACCUUCACUGAGAUUAGGUCACCUUUACUUAAGAUUCAAGCAUUAAAAUUUGUCAUCCAGAAUCUCCAACAAAUAUAAACCUUGAUUCUUGACAAAUUUGUGAAUCAAUUGGAUAAAUUUAGAUCAGAUCAAGGUUCUAAAUAAUUUGAAUAGGGGCCCCAGUUUAAUUUUUUAGAACAAACUUACUAAAGCAUAAAACUAUCAACCUCCAGAGCAAUGUAUUAAUCUAUUUUAACCACAUAAGGAGUGUCUAUAAUGUCAUAAAUAUGCUGAAGACUAAAUCUUCGAAAAGAAGAAAUUCGAAAUAAUAAUUUCUGAGCACAACAAUUCAAGGUGUGAUGAACCAAGAGUAACACACCUUUUAAUUAAUUAUUUAUGAUAUUUUUUAGAUGAAAUUCUUGGCCUGAAAACUAGCUUACCUACCAGCAAUAAUAUACACCUUUACAACUCCCUCCACCUCCCAUCAAAGCUAGUCUAUCCCCAUCUCCCCUUCGUAAUCUGUCCAUCAAAAUAAUUUACCUGAAAAAGGGUGUGAAGCCAAAGUGUUAGUGUG